GGCCUGCCUCUAAAAGGAGUCUCUCUGGAGAACAUGACACCAAAGCUAAGAGACCAAUCAAGCAGGAGAGACCAGCCUCCCCUGUUCCCAGCUGUGUGUCCAUGAAGAGUGACCGGUCUAUGGAACCUCCUAUAGUGUUUAGAGAGGGAGACUUUUCUACUGAACAAAGAAACCAACAGGAGAGGUCAGAGAUUCUCAGUGGUCAGUCUUCCCAGAGUCAUCAAACAGACCUGGCCUCCAUAUUCAGUUUGCUUGAAGAGAAAAUUAUGACAUUUGUGAAGAACGAGCUGAAGAUGUUCAAGAGGAUUCUUAGUCCAGAACUCCCAGAAGACUUUGAGAGUCAGAAGCAGGAUAAGGAAGUGGUGGAUGCUGAAGAUGAGAAGCAGGAGAGCAGUGCCAGAGAGGGGGCUCUGAAGAUCACACUGCACAUCCUGAGGAAAAUGAACCAGAAGGAGCUUGCUGACACACUGGAGAAAUAUUCAGAUGAUCUUGCUGUGAUUUGCCAACGUGAACUCAAAUCUAAUCUAAAGAAGAAGUUUCAAUGUGUAUUUGAGGGGAUCGCUAAACAAGGAAACCCAACACUUCUCAAUAAGAUCUACACAGAGCUCUACAUCACAGAGGGUGGAACAGGAGAGGUCAAUAAUGAACAUGAGCUGAGACAGAUUGAGACAACAACCAGGAAACAAGCAAGACCAGAGACUCCAAUCAAAUGUAACGAUAUCUUCAAACCCUUAACUGGACAAGACAAACGUAUCAGAACUGUACUGACAAAGGGAGUCGCUGGCAUUGGAAAAACAGUCUCUGUGCAGAAGUUCAUUCUGGACUGGGCUGAAGGAAAAGCAAAUCAGGAUGUCAAAUUUGUAUUUUCAUUCCCUUUCCGGGAGCUGAAUUUAAUGAAAGAUGACAAACACACUUUCAUUGAACUUCUUAAUCACUUCUCAAUAGAAACCAAACAAUCAGGAAUCUCCAUCUACAACAAGUACAAAGUUCUGUUCAUCUUUGAUGGUCUGGAUGAGUGCCGACUGCCCCUAGACUUCCAGAAGAACAAGAUCUGUUGGGACGUCACAGAGUCAACCUCAGUGGAUGUUCUGCUGACAAAUCUCAUCAAGGGAAAUCUGCUUCCCUCUGCUCUCCUCUGGAUAACUACCCGACCUGCAGCAGCCAAUAAGAUCCCUUCAUGGUGUGUUGACCAGGUGACAGAGGUACGAGGGUUCAAUGACCCACAGAAGGAGGAGUACUUCAGGAAGAGAUUCAGUGAUGAGGACCUGGCCAACAGAAUCAUCUCACACAUAAAGACAUCAAGGAGUCUCCACAUCAUGUGCCACAUUCCAGUCUUCUGUUGGAUUUCUGCAACAGUCCUUGAACACAUGCUGAAACAUAAGAGAGAAGAGAUGCCCAAGACUCUGACUGAGAUGUACACACACCUUGUGGAGUUUCAUACCAAACAGAAGAAUGAAAAGUAUCUUGGGAAAGAAGAGACAGGUCCACACUGGAAUAAAGAGAGCAUUCUGUCACUGGGAAAACUGGCUUUUCAACAGCUUGUGAAGGGCAAUCUGAUUUUCUAUGAAGAAGACCUGAAAGAGGCUGGCAUUGAUGUCAAUGAAGCCUCCGUGUACUCAGGAUUGUGCACACAGCUCUUUAAAGAGGAAUGUGGGCUGUACCAGGACAAGGUGUACUGCUUUGUUCAUCUGAGCAUUCAGGAGUUUCUGGCUGCUGUAUAUGUGUUCCUCUCAUUCAUCAACAACAAUGAGAAUCUAAUGGACAAACUGCAAACAAAAGACGAGCCUGAAGUUGCUUUCUACAAGAGUGCUGUGGAUAAAGCCUUACAAAGUGAGACAGGAAACCUGGACCUUCUCCUCCGCUUCCUUCUGGGCCUCUCAUUGGAGUCCAAUCAGAAACACUUACGAGGUCUACUGACAAAGACAAGAAGCAGCUCACAGAGCCAUGAAGAAACAGUCGAGUACAUCAAGGAGAAGAUCGGGGAGGAUCUCUCUCCAGAGAGGAGCAUCAAUCUGUUCCACUGUCUGAAUGAACUGAAUGACCAUUCUCUAGUGGAGGAGAUCCAAAGCUUCCUGAGAUCAGGAAGUCACUCAGAACCCUACCUGUCACCUGCACAGUGGUCAGCUCUGGUCUUUGUGUUGCUGACUUCGGAAAAGGAUCUGGAUGUGUUUGACCUGAAGAAAUACUCCAGAUCAGAGGAAGGUCUUCUGAGGCUCUUGCCAGUGGUCAAAGCCUCCAGAGCUGUUCUGCUGUCAGACUGUGGAGUCACAGAGGAAGGCUGUGCUUCUCUGGUCUCAGCUCUGGAGUCAAACCCCUCACACCUGAGAGAGCUGGAUCUGAGUAACAAUGACCUGAAGGAUUCAGGAGUGAAGCUGCUCUCUGCUGGACUGGGGAAUCCCCACUGUAAACUGGAGACUCUGAGACUCACUGGCUGUAAACUCAGAAACACAUCCUGUAAAGUGUUGGCCUCAGUUCUCCGUUCAAACCCCUCACACCUGAGAGAGCUGGAACUGAGUAACAAUGACCUGAAGGAUUCAGGAGUGAAGCUGCUCUCUGCUGGACUGGGGAAUCCCCACUGUAAACUGGAGACUCUGAGGCUGUCAGGCUGUCUAGUCACAGAGGAAGGCUGUGCUUCUCUGGUCUCAGCUCUGAGGUCAAACCCCUCACACCUGAGAGAGCUGGACCUGAGCUACAAUCACCCAGGAGACUCAGGAGUCAGACUGCUCUCUGCUGGACUGGAGGAUCCACACUGCAGACUGGAGAAACUCAAUGUGGAACAUGGUGGAGAGAACAGAAUGAAACCUGGACUUAGAAAAUAUGUCUGUGAUCUCACACUGGACCUAAACACAGUAAACAGACGCCUUCUGUCUGAGAAGAACAGAAAGGUGACAUGUAGGAGAGAGGAGCAGCCGUAUCCUGAUCACCCAGAGAGAUUUGAGGGCUAUAGACAGGUGCUUUGUAGAGAGGGUCUGACUGGGCGCUGUUACUGGGAGGCAGAGUGGAGUGGGAUAAUGGGGGCUGGUACAGGAGUGACAUAUAAAGGAAUCAGCAGGAGAGGAACGGGUCUUGAUUGUUGUCUUGGAUACAAUGACAAGUCCUGGAGUCUGAUCUGCUCUGACAACAGUUACAUUGCCUGGCACAAUAAUAAUGACACUACCAUAGACGUCCCCUCCUCCAGCUCCCACAGAGUUGGAGUGUAUCUGGACUGGCCAGCCGGCACUCUGUCCUUCUAUAGAGCCUCCUCUGACACACUGACCCACCUGAUCACAUUCACCUCCAAAUUCACUGAGCCCCUCUAUCCAGGGUUUAGGGUUUAUGUUGACUCCUCAGUGUCCCUGAAAUAAUAACCUGACACACACACUGGACACACACACACACACACACACAUUGAACAUACAUACACACACUCACAUUGCGCACACACACACACACACACACACUGGACUCACACACACACACACACACACAUUGAACAUACAUACACACACACACAUUAACAUACAUACACGCACUCACAUUGCACACACACACACACACUGGACUCACACACACACACACACACAUUGAACAUACAUACACACACACACACACACACACACACACACACACACACACACACACACACACACACACACACACACACUGGACUCACACACACACACACACACAAAUAUGGUUGGAAUGACUAAUUAUGUAUACAUUCCAAUCAGAACUGACUAGUCCAAAUGCUAUAAUGUACUGUACAUGUGAGUUUUCUCUCUUGCUCUCUUUCCCAAUUGUAUAUAAUGUAGUCAGGAGUUAGUAACAAUGAAGGUCUGUUCCUUAGUUCAUUCAGUUGUACAAAUCUCCAGGUGGUGGGAACGGGCCAUCUCCAGAUUGUCUAGAAUGUUGAUUUAUACUGACUGGCCUUGACCUCGUGCUGAUAACGCGAAGGCUCGAGAGCUAGAGGGGCUGUUUGUGAAAUGGAACGUUUGGAAAACGCUGACGUCAUUUUCAGUUUAUAACCUGUGGUAAUGUGUGUAAGCAUUUAGUACUCUCUGGAAUUAAACGCUCUUACCUGGCUUUUAA